AUGCUGGAUUUGGCCCUGCGUCAAAGCAAGGGGCCCGUUUCACUGGCCGCCAUUAGCCAGCGUCAGCAGAUCUCGCUCUCGUACCUGGAGCAGUUGUUUGGCCGCCUACGCAAGCACGAACUGGUAGAGAGUACCCGUGGUCCAGGCGGUGGUUACAGCUUGGCACGCAAAGCGGAAGACAUUACGGUUGCAGACAUCAUCGUCUCGGUUGACGAGCCAUUAGACGCAACACAAUGUGGCGGCAAAGAAAACUGCGGAGGUGACCAUGGCGAACCCUGUAUGACGCACGAUUUGUGGGCAGCCUUGAACCAGCGCAUGGUAGAUUAUCUUGAUUCUGUUAGCCUUAAGCAGCUGGCUGACGAGCAAAUAGCCAGG